AUGACAAACCCCUCCUCUCAAGCUGUUUGUGAUGAGGCGGCUGCUUUUGAUAAGUGGAAGAUGCUAUCUGAUAUAGAGGAACGUUACUUGAAACAAAAAGCUAAGCUUCAUUGGUUGAAAGUGGGUGAUCAAAACAAUAAGGCUUUCCAUACUGCAGCUACUAUCCGUGAGUCGUGUAAUAGCAUCAGGGAAAUUCAAUGUGAUGAUGGUAGGGUUGUUACCACACAGAACCAGCUCAAGCAGGAGACUGCAAACUAUUUCCAAGGCUUUCUUAACUUGAGACCUGAACACUACACUUCUUGGUCCCAAGAGGAUUUGGAAGCAGUGUUGGAUUUCAAAUGUGCAGCGAGUGAUAAGUGUUUGCUUACACAUGAGGUAUCAAAGGAGGAGAUCAGGAGGGUGCUAUUCACAAUGCCUAAUUCGAAAUCUCUGGGACCAGAUGAGUUUACUGCAGAGUUUUUUAAAGCUUCAUGGGGAAUUAUUCAUGAAGACUUCGUGGUUGCUAUUCAAUCUUUUUUCCGUACUGGUUUCUUGCCUAAAGGGGUUAACUAG